AUGUUCUUUUUCCAUUUUGAAUACGUGACAGUGCUACUGUAUGCUUUUGGACAAAUAUCAGUUUACGCAUCUGUGGAAGGCGAUGUGGGAAAAAUUGGUGCAUCGUCAACAGAUAUUUUUAGUUAUUUUCCAGCACGAUGGAAAGAAGUGAUCAAAUUGACUGUGGAAUCGUCCGAAUCUACCUGCGCCGAUGAGGUUCUUGCCGUAAUCGAGGCGGUUGAAUCCGGUCAGACGUGGGCGAUGCAAAUGCUGGACGCCUCGUCGAAACUUCCUUCGGGACUAUUAAGAGGUAACAAACGGGAUUAUGGAAUGUACGACGAGUGCAUCGAAGUCAACGAACACUACAACAACGUUAGUAUUCGAGGCAAGCACUGCAUGGUGUCGUUUAUGUCGAUUUCCCAGAUAUUUACACCUGUAGUCAGUGAUAUAGAUGAUAGAAUCUUCUCAUCAGUUUGUUUUCCAUCCUCUUGCAAUGAGACGCAAGUUGAGCAGAUCAUAAAUGUCACCAUCCAAAGCAUACCGAUAAUAAGCGGUCUGGGAUUUGGUGCUACCGUAGCGUCCUGCUCAGAAGUGGAAUUGGUUGAAGAUUUUACUGUUGGAGAAGUUUUGACAAUAAUGUUCUUCUUGGCCGUUGGCGUAUUUGUGAUAUUCUGCACCAUCUACGAUUUUUUGGGAAACCGUAAAUCUUCGAAAGCAUCCACGCGAAUGAAUACAUUUGUGAAAUUUUCCCUCCGUACAAAUGCAAUUGAAUUGCUAAACCCGAAAGAACUACCCUCGAUCCAAGGUAUAAGAGUCUUGAGUAUGUACUGGCUCACGAUCCCUCACCAUUUCGUCCCAUUUAUAUACGAACCGAUGCCUAAUUUGGCAGAUAUCUUGAAACUGACAAAUUCGUGGUUAGCUGUGGUUGCUCAGGUGGCACCAUUUUCUGUCGACACCUUCUUACUACUGAGCGGAUUUUGCAUGGCUUACUCCGUUUUUAAAAAAUUGAAAUCGGGGAAACAAAUUAAUUGGCUGAAAUUUUACGUCCACCGUUAUCUCAGAUUGACGGCAUCAAUAGCCGUUCUCAUCUUAUUUUCCUCGUUUCUUGUGCAUCGCGUUGCGGGCGGUUCUAUGUGGAAGGCGUUACUCAGUUCAGCCGUCGACUCUUGCCGUGAAAAUUGGUGGGUCAACUUAUUCUACCUUCACAACUUUGAGAAAGAAGAAGAAAUGUGUCUGCAUCACACCUGGUACUUGGCUGUUGAUAUGCAACUUUUUUGGAUAUCGCCAAUUAUCAUGUAUCUUCUGUACUACUGGCCAAAACACGGACGCCGAAUACUUGGUUUCUUCCUCCUUGCGUCGAUCGUCACGCCGCCCGUUGAUCUAGCUAUCAAUGGUUACUCAAGCGCAACUUUCAGGGUCAACUUCGACCCAGGAGAAAUCAUAUGGGAUGAUAUGUUCGACUUUUAUAUGGCCACUUAUAACCGUGGUUUUCCCUUCUUCCUUGGAAUCUUAUUGGGCUACGAUGUUACGAACAACAAGAGGCAGCUUACGAAGGUGAAUUCAACGAUCUACUGGAUUAUCGCUUGUGCUCUCAUGCUUAAUUGUGCGUGGCCCCUUCAUUAUAUUUACAAUACUAAUUUUGCCUAUAAUCCAGUAUUGGAGAUUGUAUUCGCUUUAACGUCACGUCCGUUUUGGUCGAUCGCCAUGGCUUGGAUCGUUUAUGCGUGUACUCAGGGCUAUGGAGGUCCUGUUGCUAGAUUCUUGUCACUGCCGUUCUUUCGGCCUCUGAGUCGCUUAUCAUAUUCCAUCUAUUUGCUGCAUUUGCCGAUUGAGAUGAUAAAAGCUUCGGCAUCAAGAAAUUCUGGUUUAUUCGAUUUUUCUGCUGUGUUUGAUAGAUAUCUUGGUAGUUUGGUACUGACAAUGAUAGCAGGGCUAAUCUUUAGUUUAUUCAUCGAAUUACCAGCCGCUGCCCUCGAAAAUAUUAUAUUCGAUUACGUACCGAAAUCAGAUAAAGUCAUUACAGUGAAGAAGACAAGGGAGACGAAGAGGCAUGUAUUCCAGUCGACGGAUAAUAAUAUUAGAAGACGUCGGAAGCAUUCAAGUUCUUAA